AUGCUUGGAACUGUUAAAUAAGAAGAAGAAUCAGUUUAUAACUUCAAAGAACAAUUGAAUUAAAAUCAACCUUUACAUCUUAAUUUUCAGUUGUAAAAUCAUCCUGAUAAUGUGAGGUCCAUGAUCGAUCAGAUAUAAGAAGUCGCCAAUGAAUCAUAAAAUAUGGUGGCGAUUGCUCGCAAUUUAAAGAGAAAAGUUAAGGGCUUUCAUAAAGAGAUAUAGAAUAUUACCUAGAACAUGCUAAUGAAUUUAGAGUUGAAACUAAGCACAAGGAUCUCAGAAGGAGAUCAACAGUCAUCGCCUUUAAAAGAUGAAUCCUCAAGAAGUACUGAGUCUUCUUAUGGCACAGGAACUAUGGUCAGUGGGUUCAAUCAAGAACUUGAGUUUUUCAUUGAUAACUAACUUAACAAUUUAGAGUUUAUAAAGGAAAACAUGAACAAAUACAAGACUCAUCUACAAAAUUUAAACGAAAUUGAGCCUCCAUAGCUAAACUUAUCAAGAGAAGUUUACUUCAAGUCACAAUAAAUGAGUCAGAAAUUUAUUACAUUAGAUAAAGGAAUAUUUUAUGAGUCUAUGCUCUGCUAAUUAAAUGAAAGAUUAAUAGCUUUGAAUACUAAGGACUAAACGCAUUUGCUUGAAAUAGUAACUGAUACAGAUGGAUCUUAAACAUUCAAAAUAAUAAAAUUAUUCUAAGAGAGAGUGAGAUUUAUACUUCUGCAUGAAGAUAGAUUAUUAUGUGAGGGCAGAGUUUAUAAUAAGCAAGAUAACUAUCAAAUCUGUGUCUAGAAUCUUGGUCACGAAGAUAUAUCUGGAGCACUUGCUAUCACAGAUUAAGUCUUAUUUUUAGGGCAUAUCGCGAUGGUUCGUUUUAGCCUGUGGAGGUAUAAUUCAAAUCGAAAAAUGUAUGAAAUGCUCUAAAGAAAACCUAUCUUUGUUGUUCCUAAUAAAAGAGAAGCUUACUUUGCUCACUUAAUGAAGAAAGAUUUUUUCAACCCAGAGCUUCCUAAUCACUUGUUUAUGGCAUUUGGGCCUAAUUCAUUGUUUAAAGUAGUGCUAGUAGCUGAUGCUUUAGAGAAAUCUUAUAAAGACAGACUUUACUCUAACAAGAAAGAUAUGAUAAUUGAUUACAAAGGAAUUGAGUCUUACUAAGUUGACGAUACUAAGAAAUAAAUCCUAAUUGUUCUGUUCUCGAUGAGUGUAAUUAUUUUGGAUGUCACUAAUAAAGCAAACUGUGCACUGAAGUAAUUUGAUACAAAAUAAGACUGCUUAGUGCUUUUGAAUAUUUUUGGCAACAUUUAAGUAACUCUGAACAAAAAAAGUAUUAUAGGAACAUAUGCAGUAUGUGACAUUUUAGAUUAAGGCAUCUCAGGAUGGUUAAUAGAGUCAGAUGGACUUCGAAUGAUUGGACAAAUUAAAAUGCCUAAUACAAAUACAGGAGAAGAAAAGGACAGUGUGUUUGUAUUAGCUUGUGACAAUAAAUUUAGAGGAAGCCUGGUAAUUCUAUAGAUUUAUUUAUGCUGA